AUGGAACGAUUCAAUAGAAUGCUCGCUGCCGCCCAAGGCAUGGGCAUGGGUCAAGGUGCUUCUGGUGGCGAUACGAAUCUAGUUGACAACUCCGAGACCGUUUACAUAUCAUCCCUCGCCUUACUAAAAAUGCUCCGUCACGGUCGCGCUGGUGUACCCAUGGAAGUCAUGGGCUUGAUGCUGGGAGAAUUCGUGGAUGACUUCACCGUCCGCGUUGUAGAUGUCUUUGCGAUGCCCCAAUCAGGAACCUCCGUCAGUGUCGAGUCCGUCGAUCCUGUCUUCCAAACGAAAAUGAUGGACAUGCUUCGACAAACCGGUCGCCCCGAAACUGUUGUCGGUUGGUACCAUUCUCAUCCAGGCUUUGGCUGCUGGCUCUCCAGCGUCGAUAUCAACACCCAACAAUCUUUCGAGCAGCUGACUCCCCGCGCUGUGGCCGUCGUCGUCGAUCCUAUCCAGUCCGUCAAAGGCAAAGUCGUCAUUGAUGCUUUCCGCUUAAUCAACCCGCAGACAAUGAUGAUGGGACAAGAGCCCCGCCAGACAACCUCGAAUCUUGGCCACCUGAACAAGCCGUCCAUACAGGCUCUCAUCCACGGAUUGAAUCGUCACUACUACAGUAUCGGGAUCCAAUACCGCAAGACCGGCCUCGAAGAGAAUAUGCUGAUGAACUUGCACAAAGAAGUCUGGACCGAAGGCCUGGAGCUGCCUCACAGCUUCGGCGAUGAACGCAAACGUAACGAAGAAGGCCUACAACAACUCGUCUCCCUGGCCGAGGGCUACGAGCGGAGAGUACGAGAGGAGAACGAACUAUCGCCCGAGCAGCUAAAGACGCGGUAUGUGGGUAAAGUCGAUCCGAAGAAACAUAUCGAGGAUGUCGGCCAGCGGCUGAUUGAGGACAACAUUGUUGCGGUCUCGCGGCAGAUGAUCGACAAGGAAGCCAGCGUUGCGAAGAAGGCUCAGCAAACGAAUGGAAACGGUACACACGCUUUAUACAAUGGCGACAUGGACGUAGACGAGGAGAGGUAA